CACGACAUGCACAAAAUACGAAAAAUAUGGCGUGUAUGUUUCCGUUUUCCAGGGAAAGGUUCAUUCUUAUUUUGUACAAUUGGUAACGUAGUGCAACGAGGUCCAUGAUGUCUUAGCAUCCGUUGAUCGGAAGAGAAAGACAAACAGACAGGCGGGCACACACACACACACACACAUAGAGAGAGAGAGAGAGAGAGAGAGAGAGAGAGAGAGAGAGAGAGAGAGAGAGAGAGGGAGUUGUUUCUUCUGAGGUUUCCGCCAUAGCUGUGGAGGAGGGAGGAGGGAAGAAGGGAGCAGUGAGGCUAUGGUGUUGACGAGUUGUCGUUUUCGAGGAGGAGGAGGAGGAGGAGGAGGUUCUCCAUGACAGGAUGAAGCGUUGUGGCGCGCUUUGGACGAGACUUAGCAACUGGAUAUUGGCCAUAGCUGUGGCAUUUCCCGCGUUUUUUUUGGAGCACUGGUUUCGUACAAGAUGCGGCCACGUGGCGGGUGUUUGGAGGGGCGGUCAUGGAUCCUGGCGCGCUUCACAGACUCCUGUCGUGCUGGCAUGCCUGGGCACCACAGAUCAGCGAUGGCGGGCGUUCUGCUCGUGGGGCUACGACCAUCCGUUGGCGAUGGCGAAUGUCAUCUUCUUCGUCAACGUCUGCAUCAUGUUUUGGAUACUCGAUAUAAUUCAACAAAACGGCUGGCUGAUUGAUCUUUACUGGACGAUCAUUCCAGUCAUGAUGGCACACUUCUUCGCAGCCCACCCCGCCGCUGUCGCCAAUCCAACGCGCGCUUGCCUGGUGUUGAUACUCGUCUGGCUAUGGAGUUUGCGCUUAACGCAUUCCUAUCUACGUCGAGAGGGAUGGAAGCUGGGAGUUCGAGAAGACUGGAGAUAUAACGACCUAAGAAAGACCUUCAAGAGGGACUGGUGGUGGAUGUCCUUCCUCUUGGUUUACGCUUUCCAGCAGGUCCUCUUGGUGGGUUUAUGCCUUCCAAUCUAUGCUGUGUUUUCUUCGGCGGAACCGUUGAAUCUUCUUGACAUAGCCGCUGCGAUUGCAUGCGUCAUCGGCGUUACGAUUGCGUACAUCGCUGACGCACAACUGCACGAGUUUAUGAAGGCCAACGACCGGAGACGAGCAGCGAAGAUGCGGAUGCGAUUAGUGCUCAACUCAGGGCUGUGGUACUACUCCCGGCACCCCAAUUACUUCGGGGAACAGCUAUUUUGGCUGGGCAUGAGUGCUUUUGGCUGUGCUAUUGGAAAGAGUUGGGUGGCCGUCGGCGUGACGAUGAACUCCCUGUGCAUGGCUUGUGUUACAGCAAUGGUUGAGAAACGGAUGUUGCGAGACAAACGAAGGGCAGAUGCCUACAGGAGGUAUCAGCGAAUGACAUCCGUCUGGAUCCCAUGGGCCAAGGCUGUGCGAACCCCAGUUCCAAGACCAGACAAUGACAAUGGCAACGAGGAUGCACCACCUCCACUUGGAGCGACAUCAGGAGGCGGCGAUGACCAUGACACUACCCCCCGCAGCUGAGUUUUCCGUGUCGAGGGGACCACACACCUGACUUUUGUGGUUACGUCUUGCUUGCAGAGGAGAGGAGGAUGUGUGAGGUCUGAUGAGUUCAGUGGUCCCUCCUACAUCAGGUGUGAGGUCCCCACCACACGGAAAACUCAGCUGCGUGGGGUAGUGUCAUCGCCGUUGCCUCAUGCCCGACAUCCCUCCACCUGAGUUUUGGUGGUACGUCUUGCUUACAGAGGAGAGGAGGACGUGUGAGCCCCGGUUCUAAGACUAGACAAUGACAAUGGCGGUGGAGAUGCACCGCCUGGAGGGGCGUCUGCCGUAGGCAAUGACCGUUACGAGACGCAUGCAGCUGAGUUUUCCAUGUUGAGGGGACCCACAUACCUGAGCAACGCCGCCUCCCGACGUCCGUCCACCUGAGUUUUGGCGGUACAUCUUGCUUACAGAGGAGAGGAGGACGUGCAAGCCCCUGUUCUAAGACCAGACAAUGACAAUGGCGGUGGUGAUGCACCGCCUGGAAGGUCGUCUGCCGUAGGCAAUGACCGUUAUGAGACGCUAUGCAGCUGAGUUUUCCAUGUUGAGGGAACCCACACACUGGAGUUUUGUCCAUAGGUCUUGGUUACAUACAAGAGGAGGGCGUGCCAGCCCCGGUCCCAAGACCAGACAAUGACAAUGGCGGUGAGGACCCGCCACCGUAGGCAAUGACUGUGACAACACCCCAUGCAGGGUGAUGCAGCUGAGUUUUCCGUGGUGAGGACACUACACACCUAAGCCUUGUCAGUGCGUCUUACUUGUGGAUGAGAGGAGGAUGCGCCAGCGCCGGUCCCAAGACCAGACAAUGACAAUGGCGGUGAGGACCCACCAGCUGAAGGGGCAUCGGCAAGUAGGCAAUGACCGUGACGAGAGGCCAUGCAGCUGAGUCUUCAGUGUGAAGACACCACACACCUGAGUUUUGUCGGCUCGUCUCGCUUACGGAUGAUAGGAGGAUGUGCAUUAGUGAUGGGCAUGAGCAUGCGGAGAGGCCAUGUACCCCCGUUUUGUAGCUAUGCCUUAGUGACAAGAAGGGGGUCUGCAUUCCCAUCGCGAUAGACAGCAACUGCCUCCUCACUAGUUACAGUACAAAUAGCGCCUACAUCAACCUUGUAGGUUUGGUUUCUGCUGAAUUGAUCUUCCCCUUAGGGCACUCUUCCCUUAUGCUGCUUAUUUAUCGCUCAAUCCAGUACAAAUAGCGGAUUGGCAGCAUUUCCCUCUUUCCAACUUUUCCGCAUAACUACCUUAGACGUUGGGAUUUUAAUUUCUGACAAAUUUGAUUAGAUGAUGUGGUAAAAUUUAAAUAUCGUAGAUUAUCGCGUUAAGCUACGUAACUACCUUUUUCUUUAUUAGUAUAUUGGACAUCAGAUUAUUAUCUUUAAAUUGCCACAAUGCAAAGCUAAGUUUAUCACAAUGGUUCGAGCAUCCACCGACUCCCAAAGUGGCCUGUGCGUUUCCUAAAAUUGUGGCUUGUUAACGGGCACAACUUUAGGAAGUACUGGGGGGUUAUAUACGACCAGUACCUACCGGUUGUGCGGCCGCGGGGUCCUCCCGGCGACUUUCGGAGGCCCGCUCUGCAACGCUGGCGGCAGAUGACAAAUCUGAACGGCAGCGGAGAUCCCAAAAGUCGCUGCGCGUUAACGCGAGCACGCCCCGCGGGCGCACACUGGUAGAGGUACUUGGGGGCUGUAAGGAACUUGUUAGGAGGAUUCCCUCCGAUAUGUUAAACGAAUUCCUUGGAGAGAACCCCUCAGAGUGAAAGGCGCUUCUUGUUGGAGGGGUGCGCAGAUACGAAUGACCCUUUCAACACCCUCGAUACCACGGCAUGGCGGUGAAGAGUUCCAAAUUCCGUACUCGUGUUAAGCACCAGGCUGGAACUCACCAUUCUGAUCUCUGCGGCGGUGAACAUUCAUAGCGGAAAGAAGUGUGUUGGCACAAUUGGCGGAAUGCCGCAGAAGGAGAACAACGGUUUUCCUAUCUGUCUGCAGUUUCGAACUGGGUUCGGAGGUUGUGAUGCGGUUCGAAAGUGCACUUGUUUCCGACAUGGUCAUUGAUUUAAUCCUAAAGCGGUCCGGUCAAGAAGUGGGUGUCAUCUCAACACACGACAAUAUAUCGAUAAAAAAAUGGAGGUGGCGAUCAUCUAAGGAGUGACACAGGGAAUCAAUCGGUAGAGGAGGAAAGGAGAAGAGAAUGAGGAGGAGAGAGAGCGGAGAGGGAAGGAAAGGCAAUGACAAAAGUGGAAGAGUAAUGGUGCGAUGGAUGGUAUUGGAAGGACGAUGAUGGCUCCGCUCCCUGCCGUUGUGUAGACGAAAAGUGGAAGAAAAUUGGAAGAGUACUUGGCGGAACGACGCUAUCAUAGGAAGGACGAUGAAUCAGCCCUCCCUCCCUACAGUAGUUGUGUAGAUGUUAUGGCACGAACGCACGAGGCCCGGGGUGCGAUAGGUAAACAUGGCAAUGAUGAUGUCGUUCUUUAGAUGGUGUGAUCGUCGAGGGAACUGUGUUCGUAGAUCCUAGGCACACAGUGGUGUGGAUGUGGUUGUUGAAUAUGGAUCGAUGAGAAAAUCUUGGUAAUAACAGACAGUGGGACCUGAGAGGAAAGGUAGGGAGGGGCAAGGCAAUAAGCUGACAGUCAAUCCUCCACAGUGUCCACACGCCUGGAGCAAUCAAUGCAGUCAGACGGA